AUGUACAUACUGUUGCUGUUGUGCUGCCUGUGUGCGGCGCUGCUGCACGGCGAGGCGGCUGUUGUGCGGUACGAAAUGGAGACUGUGCGUGCGGAGGUGGUGGACUUUCUUCCUGCCGAUCACUGGGCGCAGUACGACGAGACCGCCUUCGAGCGUGGGCGUGGCUCUUUUGUUUCUCGCUACAACGACGCGCCGUACUUUGAGGCGCUGAACAUCUCUUCGCCUUUCUUCAGCCGUGACUCUGUGAGGUGGCACGUGUCGUCGGACGGCUUUCUCGCGCCGACACCGUCGCCGCUGUGCGACUUUUUCUGCUUGGACUCGGCGCCGGACACGCUCUACGGGUACUACCAGUUUGGCAGCGCGAUAUACGACGGCGGCGGCGACUGGCCGAUGAUCGGGCUGUACGUGGCGGACCUGAACCCCUCGGCUGCACGGCUGUCGCCGAGUGUCCGGGUGCACGGCGUGGCCGGCGCCGAUGGCGGCUCGGGGUACGAGCGGGUGACGGUGGAGUACCGCGAUGUGCCGCUGACUGUGUGCGCGGCGGCAGUGGGGACGGAGACGCUGACGGCGCAGGUGGAGGUGUGGGCCAACGGCACCAUCGUGAUGCGGUACCGACGCAUCCCCGCGUGCGGCAGCGCCUCGGUGGGCCUUGUGCUGUCGAAGCAGGAGCGCACCGUUGUGACUGACGUGCCGCGACCGGGCGGCAUCGUGGCGAUCCGGUACGAGCCGUCGUGGACGGGUGUGCUGCGUUUGUCCUCCGGGCCUGCACCAGGGCGGCGCUCCCGUGCGGGUGGUGCGCGGCGACGCGGAGGUGCGUGGCGAGGUCGCUCGCCGACAGCCUCUGCCCGCGCGGAAGCUUUUGGACGGUUUCGCCCUCCCCGUCGGUGA